AUGCCUAAACGCCCAUCGCGUGGAGGAUUUGAGGGCGCAGAUGCGUCGCGGAAGAGGCAGAAGGUCGUGCAUGAGGCGCCGACUUUCGAAGAGGUUGCUUCUGCGCGGCAUCUGCAGCAGCUUUUGACCUUUGAGCAGGACCAGAAGCGAGCGCGGCAUGGCAUCCAAUCCCUCAAAGUCUUCCUCGACGGCUUCAAUUCCGGCACUGGCGACAACGACGCCCGCUUUGCCCUCCUCAGAGAGUACCUCGAGGCCUCCCGGCCGCGCGACAGCACCGGCGACGACGCCGUCUACCUCUCCGACGUGAUGGAGACCUGGUCCUACGGCGCGCAGGUCAACAACGAGGCCAUGAUGUCCGCCGUGCCCGCCGUGCUGGCCCUGCUCCUCCAGGUUGUCUCGCAGUCCCUCCAGCUCCUGCCCCACGCCCUCGACAUCGCCCGUACACUGCUGCAGGAGCGCCAGCUGAAGCUCAUUGCAAAGUGUCUUUCGGCGCCUAAGGGUAGCGGCUACGUCAUAUCGCCGACGCUGCGGCUGAUGCGCGAGCUCGUGACGCUGGAUGGCGGCACGCUCGCGAGGAGGGUUUUCCGGGCACGGGACCACACAUUUGCGAGCUUUGCAAGAAACUUGGAGAUCCGGCACCUCGGUGCGGACGGCGAGAGGGGGGGCGGCGCGGUGGAGGACCCGUCUAAGCCGUCGGUGCGGACGAAUGCCAUCAAGCUGUUCUUGAGCUGCCUCAAGUUCUUGCCGUCGGAGGCCAAGAAGGAGCUGCUGAUGCUCAAAGAGGUGUUUUCACACCUGACCUUCUUGAUCAAGGACGACCCGCCAUUCUUGAUCGUCGAGCUGCUGGCUGCGCUGAAGAAGAGCGUGCUCUUGGACGAGAAGCUGCCUCGCGAGGUCAAGUUCAGGACCUUCAACACAAAGACUCUGGAUCGGCUGGCGGGACUAUACACGUACAGACACGAUGUCGAGGAAGACGACCAGCCUUCGGUCAGGGAAUCUGUUCACGAGUUUUUGCUCUACACCUGCACAACACCGGGAGCGGGCGUGCUGUACUCUGGAACGGGGUUGUACCCCAAGGAGCUCGAGGACGAGGCGGCGCAGGACGUCAAGAGCUUGGACGACUACGCCCUGGAGCGCGUAGCGUGGAUGGACAAGUACAAGGACGACAUCGCCGUCGCAAAUUUUGUGCUCUCCGAGUUUAUACAAAAGCUGCGUCCGUGGUCGAGUCUGAAGCACAGCGAGCUCAUCGUCGCCAUCUUCCAGUCGGCGCCCGAGCUGGUCGCCAGUUACUUUAUCAACAACAAGUCUUUCACUUUUGAGCCGAAACUAUCCAUGACGUGGAUCGGGUACGCCGCGUUCCUCUUCAACACGGUCAACCUCCCGCUGCCGCCGCACUACGGUCCCACGACGGGCUACCGCCGCGUGCCCCCGCCGACAUCCAUCCUUCUCGACAACAUCCUGCCGCUCCCGCUCAAACAGCGCGACCUGGUAAGGUGUCUCUCGUCAAAGUCUACCCUGGUCUCCUUCUUUGCCGUUCGGAUCCUCGUCCUUGCUCUCCAGAAGCUCCAGGUCGCGUUGAAGAUGCACCGCGAGGCGGCCGAGUCGUCAAAAUCGACCUGGGAGACGGCGAGCCGUAAGCUCAUUGACGAGUUUUGCCAAAAGAUUCCCGAUAUGAAGGAGGUGACAAAGUGCUACAAGGCCAUGGCGGAGGAGAAUGUCCUUCAGCGUGAGGCGGCCAGCAGGCUGCUGCUGCUGUAUUACGAGGUCAUUCCACAGGUCGCGCUGCGUGCCAACUUUGACGUCUCGCCGUUCCUAGUCAACUCGCUUACGCGCCUCGACAGUCGCGCGGACGAGCCGCAGAACCAGGCGCUUGCUCUUAUGGAGUUGGAGAACUUGAUUGCCAUUGCUGGAUACUCGCCCGGUAUGCGGUGGUUUGCCAAGACGGAGGGUCUCGCGGCGUCGCCGUUUGUCGCGCUGCUCAAGUUCUACGUCGAGGCUGCCCAGGGACGACCAAAGUUGAAGGAGGUGCUCGAGUCCGUCGCUGUGCAGCACCAGCUGGUGUUGCAGAAGACCGGCCUCGUCCCUCUCCUCUGCGCCGCGCGGGAGUUGAAGAAGAGCGGCAAGUCGAGGAAUCCGGAUCUCAUCUGGGAGUUUGUCGAUAACUGCGCUGGAAGAUGCGCCGCUUCGCCCCUGAAGUACGUGGACCUGAUGCAGGAAAGUGCCACUCAAGGCGGUGAUGAGGUGUUCUCCAGCUUGCUCUUGGCUACGAUGGUUGAGCAGCUGUCAUUUGUUGCCGACAAGGCCACCGAUAAGAAGGACCUGGAGCUUCUGUCCAAGUUCCUUACGGUGCUCCUGAGUUGCGCGCAGACUAAGGGGGAGACCAAGGCCGUCAUUGGUGCGUUUGCCAAGAAGAUGACCGAGGUCUUGGGAGACCGCGCUUCGGCCGUUAUCCCGAAGACUGACAAGGCUUUGCUCAAUGGCGAGCCUAGGGAUGAGGCUACGGUGGCGGACGAUGCUGGCUCCCAAUUGCAAAGGCAAAACACGAGCGCCAAUGACGAAGAGAUGGAUAAGCAUUCGCUGGAGGUUAUCCUCGACGUCUCUUACGAGCUUGACGACGAUAACUCUGCCCUUCUGAAGUGGAACUCCAAAUCAGUAGAGGACCUCGUUGACGAGGGCUACGCCGCGGCGCUCAUCCGCUUGCUCUGGUCAGAGCACGGCAGUAUCCGCCAGGAAGCCCUCACCAACAUCCUCAAGAUGGCAGCCAAGUUCAAGGAGUCCAACUAUGAAGAAAAGGACCAAAUCUGGCUCCUCCUUUCAGAGCUGGCAGAAUCCUCCCGCGCCCUCGUGACCCGUGGCCCCGUCGCCUCGCCCCUCGUCUCCUUCGCCAUCGCCUCCCUCGAGGUCCUCAAGAACCCACUGCACUGCCUCUACGCCAAGGUGAACAGCUUCCUCACGCGCGGUCCCGUGUGGCAGCACGACAAGGUGCCCCUCGCGCACGACAUCCUCCACGGCGCGCCGUCCGAGGACGAUCGGUACUAUACCGAGGUGAGCUGGCUGCUGGCGUACCUGCUGGACGGCCUGCGGACGCCGGCGGACCUGGCCGUGUACCAUCAGAAGAAGUGGUUCGAGAAGAUUUUCGCGCUGGCGGGGAACCCGUAUAUGCGGGCGAAUUUGAGGACGAGGAUCUUGAGGAUCUUGUGGCGGGCGACGUGUAUCGAGGGCGGGAGCACGACGUUGGCGACGAGGUUUGGGAUUGUGAGUUGGUUGGAGGUGCAGGAGGCCCGGUGUGGCGGCGGCAGCGGCAGCGAUGGCGUUGGAAAGGUUGAUGCUGAUACCAGGGAGACGAAGCAGUUGUACCGCGCUUUGAGGAGGCGGGUUUGGGAGACUUGUGAUCAGGAGAGGGUUGGGGAAUGGAGCCGGAAGGCCGUUCCCUUGGGUUUGGAGGGUUGA